ACGAGUAACAGUCCAGGAGAAGAUGGACUAGAUACCUGGAAAACUAAACCAAGAAACUGGACAAUGGUUUUAUUACACGGUCUUUGGAUUCUAGUAAUGCUACAUUCACUGCAAAGUUGCAAUGGUGUACAGGUUAUUGUGAAAGAUGAGAAGAAGUUUGCCAUGCUGUUCUCCUCCAUCGUUCUUCCAUGUCAUUACACCACCCAUUCUACUCAAACUGCCGUGGUGCAAUGGUGGUAUAAGUCCUACUGUACAGACCGCACUCGGGAUUCCUUCACCUUUUCUGAGACCCUGGGGGUCCACGUCUCUGAUCUGGGAGCGACAUCUCAUCUGGACUGCUCUGACAAGGGCCGCACAGUUCGCAUAGUGGCUUCUGGACAGGGAGCUUCCAUGACCUUAGCAGAACACUACAAAGGAAGAGACAUCUCCAUCAUCAACAAAGCAGACCUGCACAUUGGACAGCUGCAGUGGGGAGACAGCGGUGUGUACUUCUGUAAAGUGACCAUUUCUGAUGACCUGGAAGGGAAAAAUGAAGGCCAGGUGGAGCUGCUGGUGCAGGGUAGGACAGGUGUGCUGGAUGACAUCCUGCCUGAGUUUGAUUUGGAGAUUAUGCCAGAGUGGGUAUUUGUGGGAGUUGUCGUGAUAGGCAGCGUCCUCUUCCUGUUGUUGGUUGGGAUCUGCUGGUGUCAGUGUUGCCCUCACUCCUGUUGCUGUUAUAUACGCUGCUGCUGCUGUCCAGAUACAUGCUGCUGUCCAAAACACUUAUAUGAAGCUGGGAAGAUGGCAAAGAACAGCCAACCUCCUCAGAUUGCCAUGUAUCAACCUUUUUAUGUUCAUGGUGUUCCUGUGGUUCCUUCAGCCGCACCACCAUCUCUCAUUGAACCCAAGUUGACUGCAGUGCCUCCUUCUGUAGAAAACAACAUAGCUGGUGUGCGCAGUGGCUAUCGUCUCCAGGCCAGUCAGGGUCAGGAUGCUAUGAAGGUUGUGUACUACGUAGAGAGGGACCUGGCACAGUUCCACCCUACCAAGGGGGCCGGCCGUCCAUCUGGCAGCCUAUCAGAACUGAGCUCUCUGCAUGAUGGUGAUGUAGACUUCAGGCAGACCUAUCGGCAAGUCCAGAGGAAGGCACUGCCUCCCAUCAUCGACCACACUGACGAGUCUCGUCUCAGAGCAGCAUCGAUUGGCCAUGCGCUCCGCCCUUCACAUUAUCGGAGUAAUCACUCUGUGGACGAGGAUGAGAACAGAUGGAACUGCCGCUCGGAGCACCUGCCCCGCAAAGCCUUUGAUGCCAGGGGGCGCACAGUGUCACUAGAUGAACUGGAAGAGUUUGCGAUGUCGUAUGGCCCACACGGUCGUCAAAGAGGUGACUUUCGUGGACCUCAGCGAGACUUCGAAAGGGGCCCAAGGCCACGGGACCAUUACACGUUAUUCCGAGAUGGCCCACGUUGUUCUCGUGAUGACGACGAUGAUGACUGCCGUCGUCGAGGCUCGCCACCUUCCUCGCGUAAAAGGCACGACAAUGGCGACAUUGAGCGUUACGCUGCUCGUCAAAGGUCAUAUGAUGAAACCUACCUAAACAGUCUGCUGGAGCGCAAGGCCAGGUGUAAUGGAGAAAGGGGUGGGAGGACCGACAAUGACAGUGACACACCCUCAAAAGGCAGUUCUAAAAAGAGCAGUGACUGUUACAAUAGCAGGUCACCUAGCAACCGGCCUGAAGAGGAUGAUCCUUUACCUCCAUACUGUGAGAGGGAGGUGGAGAGGUUUAGAACUGAAAAGCAUAUAGGGAGGGAACGCUACAGGACUGCUGAUCCUGCCAUGUGCCCUUUUUCUUAUACGCGUCCACCACAAGGGUUGUCCCACACACUACAGGAGCGCAGGGAGGACAGGGACAAACCCAGGCAAUUGACCACUCAUCUAAGCAGAGACUCUCUAAUUGUGUGACACCAUCAGACUGAGCUGACAUCAUACUAAUAACAUCCCCAUCAAGCAACAGGGAAAUCCACCAGACACCAAACAUCAAUCAGUCAGCAAAGCACAUAUUAUGCUUGGGAACCUAUGCUGGUUAAGAGCAAGAACGUGAAUGGUCGUGUUUGUGUGAGUCUGUACCUCUUAUAAAGACUACCACAACACUAUAAGUCAGUGAAAUACAGUUUGGUCAAAGAGGACUUUAAAAUGUUUAAAUGAUAUUUAAAAAUAACUUUAAUUAUUCUCUUUAGCUGUUUUCUGAACAUUCCUUAAUAUUUGUAUGUCUUAUGUACUUUAAUUGGACACUGUCUCUGAUGUUUCAAAAUUGUCAUGGCCUUUGUUUGCACUGUUGUACUGUAAAUUUCUGUGUCAGUGUUAAUAGUCUGCUCUCAAGGGAAGUAUGGAAUGAUUGUGCUUUAAAUGUGCCAUUUAUUUGUAUUUCACUGUUUUGAAAUAAUGAUUUUGAUAUGAACACUUGCUGUGUGUUUAUUUUCACUAGUAUGAUUGAUAACCUUUGUGUAUUCUUGACAACAUAUAUUUUGUUCCGUAUCACCUAUAUUAAUGUAAACUAUGAACAUGAACACUUACCACAUUGCUCUUUCUUCAACAUACAUAAGAAUACAAAUAGGAUUUUUUUCUUAAUAUACAGACCCAAAGCCAAGCAGGAAAUGGGACAGACACAGUAAAAGUAAGAAUUCUUCUUUCCAGGAUGAGAUUACAAUACCAGGAAACACUGCAGGUGUUUAUGUUUAGCUCUCUGGAUAUCUGUAUCCCUUUACAGUUCUCACACACUCUUACAUUUUUUUAAAGUUAAUUAAAUACAUUAUUAAUAAUAAAAUAUUAAAAGUUAAUACCUUAAUGAUAAUUAACUAUCCAUUAUAAAUUGACAAAGUCUUAUGACAAAUUGUAAUAAUUUGGCGAAAUCGUAAGAUAUCGUUCAACCUUAAUCAACAACUAAUCAACAAACAGAGUCUCAAAUCGAUGCAAGGCAUCGUAUUUUAGCUAGCCUCCUUUCCAACAUUUUAUUUUAAGAAAGAAAACAUCUUUGAACAACUUUGGUUAUUCAUUCAAUAUUUAUUUAUGCAAUACAAUUAUGUCAAAAACCUGCAAUACGCUUCCCUUCUUUCUUGGCACACAUAAUUUAUUUACAUUUCCUGUUAAAAUCAUGGUAAGGUUUAGGGUUUGGGAAAGAGGGUAGACUUUAAAGUUAGUUUUAUGUUUGGGUUAGGGGCUAAA